UAUAUAGCCCGUUACCCAUGAUCCUCUCUUUCUCUUCGCCAUAUUUGCCGGCGCCAUGAAGGUCGAGCUGUGCAGCUUCAGCGGCUACAAGAUCUACCCGGGCCACGGGCGGCGCUACGCCAGGACUGACGGGAAGGUCUUCCAAUUCCUGAAUGCAAAAUGUGAGUCUGCAUUCCUUUCCAAGAGGAACCCACGUCAGAUCAACUGGACUGUUCUGUACAGACGAAAACACAAGAAGGGACAGUCGGAAGAAAUUCAGAAGAAGCGUAGCCGCCGUGCAGUAAAGUUCCAGAGGGCUAUCACUGGUGCCUCUCUGGCUGAAAUCAUGGCCAAGAGAAACCAGAAGCCUGAAGUGCGAAAGGCACAGCGGGAACAGGCAAUUAGAGCUGCCAAAGAAGCAAAAAAGGCUAAGCAGGCUACUAAAAAGACUGUCUCCACCAAGGCACCAUCAAAGUCUGCGCCCAAGCAAAAGAUUGCCAAGCCUGUGAAGAUGCAGGCUCCGCGUGUUGGUGGAAAGCGCUAAGCAAAGUGAUGCCUGUUGGUGUGCUAAUAAACUAAUUAUGAAAACAUG